CAAAACCCUAGACUCUCAAACCGCCGGACAGCCGCCACCCCCCAACCCAGCAGCAACUCAACCGACCCCCCACCUCGUCACCCAUGGCGGCGCGCGAGGGCCAGAGCGACCCGCAUCGCCGGGAGCCUGGCCAGCGCCGCCCCAUGUGCGCCGUCUGCACCAAGCCCCUGAGCGUCUGCCUCUGCGGCCGCCUCCGCGGCCCCCCGCUCGACACCACCGUCGGCGUCACCGUGCUGCAGCACACCAUGGAGGUCCGGCACCCGCUCAGCUCCAUCCGCGUUGCCCGCCUCGGCCUCCGCAACCUCUCCGUCACCCAAGUCACCGACGUCAACCACCGCGCCAGCUUCCUCCUCAGGACGCUCGGCGGCGCCGCGGCCUCGAAUCUUGCUGACGGAGAAACUGAUGUUGGCGCCGGCCUUGCCGGAAAUCAUGAUGGUUCGGUUGUUUCUGGGCAGACCGGCAUACAAGAUGGUGAUGGUUUCGAGCCAAGCCAAGGCAAAGGAUUGAAUCAUGCAAAGUCCAGUGAUGCUGAAAAUGUGGGGAUCAGUCCUUGCGGUGGUCAUUUGGGUGAGGAAAAUGCCACUAUUGCAAUCUCUAGGCAAGCUGGUGGUGAAGGAUUAGAUAAUGGGGAAAUAAGCAAUGGUGUUUCCUCUGAUCUGGAUCGAGAAGUUGGCGGUGGCAUUGAAUGUGACUCUAAUGGUGAUGAGUGUUUCAGAUUCGAGAAGGCGAAAAGCAAUGAACAUGCUGGAGAUUUUGAAAUGCCAGUCUCAGCCGCAAAUCAGUCGGAAAGCCAUGUAGCUGAUGCCGUUAAUGCUGAAGGCCAACACAGAAGUGAGACAUCUGUGACAAAUAAGGUACAUGCUGAUCUGCCUCACCCUUUAGUUGAAACUACCUCAAUUAAUGGUAUUUGCACUGAAAAUGUUGAAGUUGGUGCUGUUACUGGAGAAGGUUGGACCGUGGAAAAUAUGGAAAAGUACUCUGUUGCUUAUACAGAAACGGAACUCAGGAUUGACAUUGAGCGCGGCGUAAAGCCCAAAAUCAGAUGGUUGUGCAGAGGUUCUGUUGGCCAAGGAGCUGUCUCGAAUGGCUUUACUGUCACGAAAAUACAAAAGAACAAGUCCAGACGUACAGGUGAAGUCUCGGAGUUCGAGGAAUUUUCCAUCACCAUACCGCCACACGCAGCUCUGCUAUUUCCAUGCCAGGGUGCAAUCAGCCUUGAUGCUUUAGAUUGUCAGGUGAAACAUUUGAUUGUGUUGGAUGGCACCUGGGCAAAGGCGCAGCGGAUGUACCAUGAGAAUCCAUGGCUACAACUUCUGCCACACGUGAAGCUAGAAUCAGAUAAGGUUAGCUUGUACAGCAAGGUGAGGCAGGAGCCAAAGGCCGGGUGCUUGUCGACCAUUGAGAGCAUAGUUAUCACCAUGAAGAAACUUGGAGAGGAUGAGAUGGGUUUGGAUGAUGUUCUGUCUGUUUUCGAGUCAAUGAUUAUUGAUCAGCGGCGUUGCAAGGAGGAGAACUGGAAACCAAAACUAAAGCCAUAGUACUGGGUCCCACUGUUUUGAUCUAAUUUUUUGACGGGUGUUUUGAUCUAAUUUUUAUUGAGGACUUCUGGAUGCAUUUUCGGUCCAGAUGUUUUCUGUAUCAUUAUUUCAUACUGAGUGAUUAAACAGGCCAGCAUUUCUGGACAGUGUUUUUGUUCGCCUCCACUUUCAGAGCUGCAAGGAUGGAGCAUACUACCAACCCUAUUCUCAGUUUCCCCAUAAUCACUGAGCUGGUGUGUAUUUUGAUGACUCUGAACAUGAUGUGUUUGUUCCUGCUUCAUACAACUAUUAGCUGGAUCAAAUCGAAGCAUUGCCGCUGCAGAGGUGAGUACUUGGGGUUAAAAGGAGAGUCGGUUUCCUGCAAUAUAAUCAGUUUUUCUUGAUUGGAUUUACAAACUCUCGUGUCAACAGAACCAAGAGUACAUUGCUCAUAUUCCACUCCAUGUCUUCAAAUUUUGGUGGAAACAUGUAAUAUUACGGUGCAUACUCUACUAUCACUCUGUCCACAUCUUGCUUUAUGCUGUCUCAACAUGCAAUUUCAUUUGGCCUCAUACCUUUGUAAGUUUAGUCAUAUGAAAUGUGGCCUCUGCUAAAAAAAAACCAUGUCAAUUUUCACAAGCAUAUUAGCGAACCGGCUAUCACAGUAUGAUUUAAAUGGUCUCUUGAUUAAACCAUACACAACAUACAUCAAAAAGCGUAUCAGAUUAUGGGUUAGCAAGCAGUCUCACGCACACAUAUGUACAAUGCAUGACAAGGCCUUUUCAGACUGUUAUUGAACUGUAUGGUCGUGGACAUCAGUAUUUUCCUCAACUCACAGCUGAUGUCCUGAUGUUCUAUGCAUCUAAAAUAGUGCCCAAAACCAGAGUCUCGUUCCAUACAUUGUCUGUGUUUCAAUGUUUGGACACACUUUUAAGCACACAUCUGAAAUUAUCCUGGACACAGUUUUAACCACACAUCUGAAAUUAUCUAUUACCUCCGUCCCAAAAUUCUUGUCUUAUACAGUAGUAUUUGUCUAUAUAUGAAUGUAUUUAACUCUAAAAUAUGACUAGAUACAUCCAUAUCUAAAACAAGAAUUUUAGAACGGAGAGAGUAUGACAUAGCUAAUAAUAUAAGAAAAGCCACCAAUCGUAGCCGCUUACAGUUCUUAUCUGCCGGCCGGAGCGAGCUUGCACUUGACUUCUGCAAGACGAGUACCACCUCCACCUCGAACACCCCCGUCAGGUUCUCCUUCCUGAACUCGGCGUCGCCUAUCAGGAUUAACCUCCACGUACAUGGAUGUCCUGCUGCCGGCCGUUGUUGACGAUCCUAGCUAGCGCUUGGACGCGGAUGUGCAGCUGCUGGUCGUGGCUGAACGCCCUACCGCAGCUGCACAUCCUCGUCCAAACUCUAGCUAGAUCGUGCGUGAAUGAGUUCGUGAUGGAGUGCGUUCUGCAUAUCUGUAUAUAGACCAAGCCGCUACGUAGCGUGCAUCGGUGGUAAACUAACUCCACACGAUGAGUACAUAUUCCCACGUGUACUUUAAGCAAAGGAAUGCCUACCCAAGCG